GGAAGAUGGCCUCAUUCCAGGGGGUCCCAUGCCAGGCGAGGUGUGCCCUGCCCCCAGCCGUGACCCCGCCCCCAGCCGUGACCCCGCCCCAGGGGGGCUACUCGUCUGGCAACUACUGGAGGAGGACAGUCACCCCAUGCUGUCCCCACGUCGUUACGCACUUCAGUUCUGUCAGCAUUCUGACGAUGACACUGAGGGGGCCCCCUCACCUCCCAGCAUGCAUCCCUUCAUGAGUCCCAUAAGCCGGCAGAGGAGUCUGUCCCUGGGCUGCUGUACUGAGGACAGACCUGGCCUGACCACCGCCCAGCUCACCAAGAAGAUUCAUGCCCUGAAACAAAAGAUUUGCAAGUAUGAGGAGAGGUUCGAGGAGGAGCACAAGUACAGGCCAUCAUAUAGCGACAAAGCUAGGAACCGCGAUGUGCUCAGAUGGAUGAAUGAACUGUCCAAGCUGCAGAAGGAUCUUAGAGAGGAGCAGAGGAGCCUCUUGGGGGAGAAGGAGGCACCCUACAUCCGGCUGCGCAGCAACACCCUCCCCCGGAGCUUUGGCUCACAGCUGGAGAGGGAGCCCCUGGCAGAGAAGCUCCAGGAGCUGACGGAGAAGGCGGUGGACAUCAUGCUCAGUGAGCUAAGGAAAUGGAGAGAGGAAGCCGACCUUCCCGAGGACAUCCAGGACAUGACGGGCGAGCAGGCUGGGCUGGAGAAAGCUGAGCUGCAGAGGAUGCUGCUGUAUUAUGAGAGAGUCCAUGGCAGGCCGGUGGGUGUGUCUGUGAGGGCUAUGUGGGGGUGUGGUCACAUACUGGGUGUGACUCUGGGGGUGUGA